AUGCCUUUCGUCGUUGGUGUCAUCGAAUUCGGUAGUGGCUCUUAUUUCAUCAUUGGUAUUGUCGAAUUCUCUAGUUAUUAUUUUGUCACUGGUGUCAUCGAAUUCAGUGGUUAUUAUUUCGUCGCUGGUGUUGUCAAAUUCGGUAGUUAUUAUUUCAUCACUGGUGUCGUCGAAUUUAGUGGUGGCUCUUAUUUCGUCGUUGGUGUCGUCAAAUUCAGUGCUUAUGCAUUUUGUCGUUGGUGUUAUCGAGUUUGGUGGUUGUUAUUUCAUCAUUGGUGUCGUCGAAUUCAGUAUUUAUUAUUUCAUCGCUGGUGUCGUCAAUUUGGUGGUUAUUAUUUCGUUGCUGGUGUCGUCGAAUUCGGUAGUGGCUCUUAUUUCGUUGCUGGUGUCAUCAAAUUCAGUGGUUAUUAUUUCGUCGCUGGUGUCGUUGAAUUCGGUGGUUAUUAUUUCGUCACUGGUGUCGUCGAAUUCAGUGGUUAUUAUUUCAUCGCUAGUGUCGUCAAAUUCAGUAGUUAUUAUUUUGUCGCUGGUGUCGUCGAAUUUGGUGGUGGCUCUUAUUUUGUCACUGGUGUCAUCGAAUUCGGUGGUGGCUCUUAUUUCAUCACUGGUGUCGUCGAAUUCAGUGGUUAUUAUUUUGUCGCUAGUGUCGUUGAAUUAGGUGGUUAUUAUUUCAUAGCUGAUGUCAUCGAAUUAGGUGGUUAUUAUUUCGUCAUUGGUGUCGUUGAAUUAGGUGGUUAUUAUUUUGUUGCUGGUGUCAUCGAGUUCGGUAGUUAUUAUUUCGUCAUUGGUGUCGUCGAGUUCGGUAGUGGCUCUUAUUUCGGCACUGGUGUCGUCGAGUUUGGUGGUGGCUCUUAUUUCAUCGUUGGUGUCAUCGAAUUCAGUGGUUAUUAUUUCAUCACUGGUAUCGUCAAAUUAGGUGGUUAUUAUUUCGUUGCUGAUGUCAUUGAAUUCGUGUUUGGUGGUGAUUAUUUCGUUGCUAGUGUCAUCGAAUUCGGUAGUGGCUCUUAUUUUGUCGCUGGUGUCGUCGAAUUCGGUGGUUAUUAUUUCGUCAUUGGUAUCAUCGAAUUCAGUGGUUAUUAUUUUGUCGCUGGUGUCAUCGAAUUUGGCCUAUUUGUAUUAUUGGAUUGUGUUAAAUUUUAG